AUGAGUAAAGUUAUAGAAAAUUACGUUUUACUAGAAGUAAUAGGUAGUGGUUAAUAUGGUAAAGUAUACAGAGCGAAAAACAUAAAAAAUGAGUAAAUAGUAGCAAUUAAAGUAGUUUAAUUAGAAAAAUUUCGUGAAGUGCCAAAACUUCAUGAAUUCACAAUGAACGAAAUAAGGACAUUGACUAAAAUAGAUAAUCCAAACUGUGUCAGAUUUUAAGAAAUGUUAAAGACAUCAAACAAUAUGUAUUUGAUAUAUGAAUAUUGCAAUGGAGGAACUUUAGAAUAAGCAAUACACAAGAGAAAAUUUUUAUCUGAGUAAGAAUCAAUAAAGAUAUUUGCAUAAUUGUUAAACGCAUUUAAAUCUAUAAUAAAGGAAAAUAUAUUACACAGAGAUUUAAAACCCUCAAAUAUUCUUAUACAUAAUAACAUAAUAAAAAUAGCAGAUUUCGGCUUUUGCAAAUCUUUAAGUCACUCACAUGAUAUGACUGCAACAAUGGUAGGCUCUCCUAUUUAUAUGGCACCUGAAGUCUUAAAAGGAAAUACAUAUAAUUCUAAAGCUGAUAUAUGGUCUUUAGGAGUUGUAUUUUUUGAAUGUUUAUUUGGAUAUUGCCCUUAUGAAGAUUAAAGUAUAGGAAAACUUAUUACAUAAAUAGACAAUAAAGAACUAUAAAUUCCAAGAUAUAUAAAUCAGAUUUCAAAAAAAGCAGAAGAUUUAUUAAGAGCUAUGCUUAUUGUAGAUUAAAAAAAAAGAGUUGAAUGGCAUGUUCUUUAUUAAAUGACUGAAGAGAAAUUCAAUAUAAAUAUUUAAGCAAUAAGUAAUUAACCUAUUGCAAUUAACUUUCAAACAUAAUUGAUAAAGAAAAAUUCAUCUAGUAAUUUAGCAUUAUAAACUAAUUUAAGAUUUUUGGUUAAAGAAAGAAAUAAAAUAUAAUUCAUUUCAAAUUUAAUCGCUAAUGUCCUUGAAAUAAAUCUAACUUCUAAAGUUCCUAUUAUUGCUUUUAUGUUAAUUAAAUAACUUAAUAUUAACAUUGAUUAAUUAAAAAUUUCCUGUAAUGAUCUAAAAUAGUCAACUUUUAGUAAAAACAUAGAAAAGGUGGAGUUAUUCGAAAACUCCUAUGAAUUUAAAUAAUUCAAGAAUAUAAUAAAUAGAGAACUUCCUUUAAUUUAAGGUGUUUUUGAGAACUUUAAAUGCGAAAUAAACAGAUUUUUGAAAUAAUAAGGAAAUGCUUAAGAAUAUAAUUAAUUAAAAAAUGAAAUCAAUACAAUUAAUUAAGUCGAUUAAACAUUCUUUUAAUAAAUUCUAUUUAAUUAUAUUAAUGAAGUUUAAAUAAAAGCUAAUGAAUUAUUUUAAUACUAAAUGUAAUACGGAUAAUCAAAUAAUUAAUUUUUGUAAUUAUAAAACGAAACUAAAUAAACUUUUUAGCAUUUGAAUGAAAUGAUUGAUUGUUUUUUAAUUGAAGAGUUUUUUGAUAACUUCAUUGAUUUAAAUACUAAGUUUUAUGAUUAAAAAUACUUUGAUAAUAUUAAAAAAUAUAAGGUUGAGGCUCUAUAGGAAUUAGUAAAUCAUAAAUUUGAUUAUAUUAAAUAAAAAGUUAAUUAAAUUGCUGUCUCUUGA